AUGGUCUAUUGGCUGCUUCCCUCACUGCGUCGUGUCCAGGCACAUGAAGUAAGGGCAGAGCGAACACUGAGUAAGCGUCUACUGUGUGCCAGGCACAGAGCUGUGUGCUAUACGACUGUCAACCCAUUUAAUUCUCAUGACGACCCUAGGAGCACAGGGCUCUUCAAACAGACUCAUCUGGACGAUGGCGGGCCUUCAGCCUUGGGACAGACUACACACUCGAGAGAACGCUCUGCAGAGAAUGAGCGUGCGGUACAGCAGAAGUUGUCUGGAGUGAGCUGUGUCACCACCACCUGCCUUCAAGCUCCCAGAGCCCCAGAGAAGUUUACUGCGGCUCUUGCAGCCUCCUGGCAGUCUGAAUUCCGUGGAGCGGUCCAGUUAGAACAGACUGUCUUCAGAGGGAUGCCAAAGCCAGACAGACUUGGCCACAGGGUGUGUGUGAAAUGUGAACCUGAGAGUUUGGGGCCCAAGACAAGGUGCUUGUUGAGUAGUUCGAGAUGGCACAGGGCAGACCUCCAGAAACAACCCCCUUCCUGCUCUCCGGUUCAUCCUCAUGCGGCGAAGGCCUGCACGAGCCCCUGUCAGGAGAGCCAGGCGGAGCUGCACAAGGGAGAAAAAGAAGCUCUCAGCCAGGAAGAAGGCUAUGUCAUUCAGAGCUGCUUGUGAAAUCCGCCUGUAGCCUUCCUCAUCUGAACAUUUUGUGUAUUUGUGUUGUGCAAAACUCACUUUGCAUUGUUUUCACAGGAAUGACUCUGACCAGAGCCCGGUUUGUUUCUCCAACCAGCCUAUAGGAUCAAAGCCAAGAUACACCCCUGAUAAUUCCUGAUGCAUAAGUAAAGGCAGGCCAGAUGAGCUUUCCAGAAUAAAAUUAGUGAAGUCACGAAGUGAUCUAAUUACCAUAGCAUUGAUGUGUACAUUGUCAUUUCGAUGAGUAAACUAUUGUUAUGUUCUACAAUAAACAUCUUCUAACAAAUACAAUUUGCUAAACAAAUAAAAUAGCAGGGAAAGCAGUUCUCCAUAACAACUACGCAAAGCAAGCUUCGCCUGGAGAUUAAGAGUUCCAUUCCAGAAGAGAUGAUACUAAGGCUUUUAGAGUUUGCAAACAGAAUGUCACAGGAGAAUUUCCUGCAAACAAAUCAGCCUAGACUCAGUCUGACACUACACAGAAUAAGAAUUCGUCAGACUGGUUAGCUUUUGUAUCCGGGAGCAUCUUUGAGGUGUUUGACUUGUAAAUGUUUUUUACUUUCUGUGAUAACUUUUCAUAAGAUGAAGUGGCAAGCUCAGUACUUCGUAUUCUCAAAAUAAUUGUGGUGACAGCUCUCUCACUCUCUCAAAGUCUGCUGAAAUUUGUAGGCUUUGCUUUCCACCAUAUUCUUAAGUAAAGCUGAACACAGGAAUGUGGAGUUCAUUGUUUUCUGUUCCUACACAUCAUGUUUAUUGAUAUGUAGAUAUUUUACUUCUUAAGUCUUCCCCCCCCAACUCUGUGGCUUCCUGGAGAUUCCCUAUUAAACUAUUCAAUGUAAU